AUGCGGCGAAAUUGCCAUAGCCCUUGGCCGAUCGAGAACACGGUUUUUGGUCGUGCUUUCAGGGCGAGCUCUACUUGCCAAUACCCGCUACGCAAAUCCAACGAACUAAACCAGGCCGAGCCCGCAACGUGCUCCAGCGCGUCAUCUAUCCGCGGAGGAGACACUGCAUGGAACAGGUUGUCCAAACUGAUUGCAGUGUGUCUGGUGGUGCUGUGUGUCAUCCUGCUGAUUUUCGUCAUAGUGCUGUUGAUCAAAUACAACGAUUUGAUGACCAAAAAUGUGUUACAGACCAGUAACAACAACCUUACUAUAGAGAGAGACCAGUUACAGACCAGUAACAACAACCUGAUUAUAGCAAGAGAGCUUAUUUCUACAUUACAGAGGGAGAGAGCUGAAAUUGAGAGGUUUUCUAAACUGGGAUGGAUUUAUUUUAGCUCCAGUCUUUACUACAUCUCUACUGGUAAGAAGAUCUGGACUGAGAGCAGACAGUACUGCAGAGAAAGAGGAGCAGACUUGGUGAUCAUAAACAGCAGAGAGAAACAGGAAUUCGUCAAUACACUGUCGAGCAGCAGAACAGCUUGGAUCGGUCUGAAUAAGAGAGAGGGCAAGUUGAAGUGGGUGGAUGAUACACCACUGAUCACGGGGUUUUGGAAAAGUGGAGAACCGAACAAUGCUGCAGGAGAUGAGGAUUGUGUUAUAACUGGUGUAGGAUCUGAUCCUGUGAAGGACUGGGCUGAUGAUCCCUGUAAUAGACAGCAUAAUUGGAUCUGUGAGAAGAAAAUCUUUAACUGA